AGAGGACGUUUGGUCAUCCUAAAUUAAUAAGAAUGAAGACAAAGAAAUAUAUCCCAAUAAUUAAAUAGUCCAGUUUUAUCAUAAACAAUUAUGCAUCAAAUUGAGGAGAAACUAAUACAUUGACAUAUUUUAAGCAUGUUAAAAAAAUCCAUCCUGUCUGAAUACGUCACUCUUCCCCAGUGUCUGUCUGCAGACUGCACGGGGGACCGCCGUAGCUAGGCUAAUGUUAGCAGCUGUCAGGCUAACCCUAACCCAGCCCGGCUGCAGUUGACCUCACGAACCAACUCGUGGUAUUUCUGUCUGAAGACGUCCCAAAAAUAACUGCGGAUGUCCAAAAAAAUAAGAGGUGGGACGUUUUAACAACGGAGAGCAGCCGACGUCAAUGUGAAGAAAAGUGCAAGCUUGGUUUCAGCGGAGCUAACUCGAUCCAUGGCAAAGUGGCUGAAGGACUACCUGAACUUUGGCAACCGGCGUGACCCUCCGCAACCCCCGAGGCCAGACUACAGCGAGAGCGAUAUCCUGCGAGCCUACCGAGCUCAGAAGGACCUGGACUUUGAGGAUCCAUACCAGUGCUUGGAUAGGGAGCGUCAAAAUGGCAGCGGUGGUGGCAACGGUAGCGUGGAUAUGAGCCUGCCUCCGUUCCCUGCCUUCACUCCCAGCUUGUCUAACGGCACCGAGGUGAAGGUGUUGUCUCCAAAGCACAGGCUAAUUAAAGUGGACUCUCAGGAGUUCGGCCACUGUAAAAUUCCCCUUAGUCCCGCUUCUGUUCCAGAGGAACCUGUGCUACCCUCUGCUCCAGAAGCCCCAGACACCGACACGGACUACUCUGACCCCUUUGACGCCCGCCCGGACCCAAGGACGUGGCCCAGCUGGGAGACUGAAUCGGCCCCAAAAGACAGCUGCAGCUACAUGGAGCCGUUUGAGGCUCAGCAAAUUAUUUCAGAAAUGCAGCACAACAAGUGCAUGAGUUCCAGCGGCAGCCAACUGUAUGACAAUCCGUACGAGGAGAGGAACCGACAGCAGGCCCGAGCAGCUCCAAGCGCACCGACUCAACAGCGGCAGCAGCACUCGCACAGGCUGGACUGCUCACUUUCCCCCGUAGACGACAGGGGGAGCCGACUACCCCAGAACGACGACAGACCAGCGGACGAGUACGACCAGCCAUGGGAGUGGAAGAAGGACGACAUCUCCAAAGCACUCGCUGCUACGUUCGUACCGGAUAAUCCGCCCGCCCUGGCCGGUUCGCCGCGGCGUAUUCGGGGCCUGGCUCUGCUCCGGACGGAGGCGCAUGCCGUGGGGGAACGCUCGAGAAACCAGGGUGUUCGCCGGAGGUCCCGCCACCGGGGAACCGGGCUCGGCCCGCCCCGCCGCGGCCUGCCGGACCGGCCAGAGCGGAGGGCUCCGUCGGAAGACGGCUACUUGUCGACUAUCGGUCUCGAGUCGUGCCGGUGUUUAGCCUUUGAUGCGAGUUUACCACCCGCUUUGGGCUGCAUUCCCAAACAACCCAACUCUGUAUCGUCACAAGCACCGUAGUUUAGCUUGGUUUGUGUUAACAAUAGCUUUUGCAUUCCCGCUAGCAGCAGCCUCUUAUUCGUUCCAAAAAUCAUUGUGAUGCAGUUUUAAAUGGCUGCUGGGUUAGUGGUGUUGAAUGAGGACGCUUUCUUUCCGCCUCGUGGAACUUCUGCGGUGCAUGUUUCACAGAUGGCGAGAGCGUCAUUUUUUUAGUAACAGCCGCCAUAAUAUACUACUGCUUCUUGUCGUGGAACUCCGCCUCCUCAGCCCCUCCUCCCUCAGGGGCUUCAGAGAGGGGAGGGGUUGAGGAGGCGGCGUGCUGAAUUCUUCGGUUGCGCACAUUUUCGAGGCUAAAUCAAGUAUAUAAUUAUCGGAUUGCAUUAUCGGUUUGAAUUUUUUUAUUAUCUGGAUUAUCUGUGUGACGUCAUAAUUGCCAUUAUCGUUGACCGAUAUUAUCGUGUAUCGUUAGUUGCACAUGAUGGUAUUUGUCCCUUUAAACCCGUACACUUGUCCUUAAACUUAGGCUAGGUUCAUACUACAGGUCUUAAUGCACAGAUCCGAUUUUUUGUCAUAUCUGUUUUUUUGGCGUGCGCGUUCAGACUGCCUUUGUCCAUCGAGACCAUUCAAGUAUUACACAUGCGCACUAAUUCGCAGUCCGACACGCACUGAGCAAGAAGACCCGGAUGCGCAGAAGCAUCAAAACAAAUGACCACACAUGCUGGCUGUCAUCUAUCAUUCAAGGGAUAUCAUAUUUUGCUUUUCAAUAAGAGGACACAAAUAACAGACAUAAAUAAUCCCCAUUUAGGCUUCUAUUUUAAAUUUAUAUGGAUCGAUAGCAUGCACGCACUGUCCGUGCAUGUCACACACACAUACGGGCAGUUUGCCCCAACUCUCAGCCGUGUAAGCAAUCUUGAAAUAUUGCUCAUGGAGAGCAGUGAGAACCGAUCAUUCUCAGGCCUGUCCUCAACCCAUUUUAAUAUUUUUAUGACUGUUGUCAAGCCAGGCCCUUCCCCAAAAGCCGUGUUCAAUGCAAGCUAGGCGCUAAUAACGCACAGCUGCACCGCUACCGUAGCGUCUCUCUCGCACUUUGAUGACGUAACUGCUGCAUGAAUUCCGAUUUGGGAGACUUUGCAUUACAGACCGCCACAACGUCCUGGAAAAAUGUGGCCCAGAUCGGAUUUAGACCACAUACGAAAGUGACCCAGAUCGGAUUUGAAAUGGUCCCGUUCUAUGCGACAUGUCACGUUCAGACCGUCAAAUUAAUGCCUCACUCGAGUCGGAAAAACAUGAACAAAUCGGAUUCGUGCCUGUAGUAUGAACCUAGCCUUAGUCACUGUCAUUGAAAGUGAUAGACAUGGGACCCUCGUUCAAAAGUGAUGCUGACC